UUUCCUCAAAACUCCAAACCCCCUUGUCCCGACCCAAAUUAAAAUACACCAUAAUUUUAAAAAUCAAAAUUCCCCAUUGGUACGUGUACUACACGCGCCACUACUAAAUUCCUAGUACUAGCAGCCCUUGUCCUCUCCCAGCCGGAACAAACCCUGAGGGAUGCCCCCACAACCUUCAAAUGAUUGGUUAUCUCACCUCAUCUUUUCCUUUUCCUUUUCCAAUCUCACUCCUCUUCUUCCCGCGUGUUCUCCACGCGCUCCCUCAAUCCUCAUAUCUUCUGAUUUUUUCUUUUUUCUUUUUUCUCCGGCACCCUCAGAUCCCGGAAAAUAAAACCCAAACAUCAGGUGAGAGUACUUGAUAAAUGUUUUUAAUAAUUGUAACCUGAAAAAAAAGAAAAGAGCUUUACAAUAUCCACCUCGAACCCCUCUCCCAAAUUCCUCAGCUUUCUUCUUCAUCGUCUUCUUCCUUUUCCUCUGGUCUGAAAAAUUUUCAGGUGUUCUGGUUCUGGUUUUGAUCAUAAUUUGUGUCUUGUUCUUCUUGUUCGUUUACAAAUUUAGAGCCAACCCAGUUGAAAUUUUGGUGAAAACUAAAGUGGGUUGCUUUAGAUUUGAAAAACAAUGAGGGAAGAUGAUUCUAAUUGGUUUUCAAAAUGGGAUCAGGAGCUUCCCUCUCCUGAUGAAUUGAUGCCUCUUUCCCAAACCCUUAUCACCCCUGAUCUUGCUUUGGCAUUUGAUAUCAGAAACCCAGAUAGUUCCAUCAACAACAACAACCACCACCCACCGCCUCCGCCGCCUCCGGUGCCAAUCCAGCCGAGUUCGGCCGAUUUUGGGGAUUCUGGUGAUUUUGUGUCUGGCGCCGGCGCUGGAGACGAACCUGCGCGGACCCUGAAGAGGCCGCGCCUGGUCUGGACUCCACAGCUCCACAAGCGAUUUGUCGACGCGGUCGGCCAUUUGGGAAUAAAAAAUGCUGUACCUAAAACCAUAAUGCAGUUGAUGAGCGUGGAUGGGUUAACUCGUGAGAACGUGGCUAGCCAUUUGCAGAAAUAUCGCCUCUAUUUGAAGCGUAUGCAGGGGAUUUCCGGCGGCAGUGGCGGCGGAGUUAGUGGCGGUGCUGGAUUAGUUUCACCCGUUUCAGAUCCUGCUACCGACCAUUUGUUCGCCAGCUCUCCAGUUCCACCGCAUUUUCUUCACUCCUCUCGGGCUAAUUCCGACCAUUUCCUGCCGUUUGUGCCCGUCGGCGCUCUGCAGCACCACCACCAGAUGGCCGCCGCCGCUGCCGCUCAAUACCACCGACAAGUAGCCCAUUUUGGGUCGCCGCCUAAUGGGCAGUUUGAGCAUCCGUUCUUAGCUCGGCCUGUUCACCGGAUUGGGACCCCUGUGACUACCCCGGCGACGAAUUACAGCGAGGAUUUGGAUUCGAGUAAUGGAACAGGAGGGAGGAAGGUUCUCACUCUUUUCCCCACCGGAAACGAUUAAAGCUCUUUGCAUUUUGAAAUCUGCUCAGAACUCUCUGUAUCGCCGUGACAUUGGUGUUGCCGUCGUCUUCUCCGGCGAAAACAAGGGCGGGCGUCAGUUGCAGAGUCGAAGGCAAAAUGGAUUAUAUAUUAUGCUACAGAGGUAAGAUUGUACAUGAAUAUUAAGAACAAUUUGGGUGUGUUCAUCAUUAUCAUCUCUAAAUUCUAAAUUCUAAAUUCUAAAUUC